UGUAGUGAUCGAGGUAUUUUAAAAUUGGGCGCAGUCACGUCGCAGUCUCGAAAUAGAACCGGGGUGAUAAACCGUAACUUUGCAAAGUUGUUUUAAAAUAUCUGCAAACUUAAGUCGGCAGGAGAGGCCCUGUCUGGUUACCGGUCUGUCAGUGCGGAGCUGUCUCGGCUGGGAGUCCGUUCGAGGAAAGGGGCGCUGCUUGUAGUUGACGUGACGUCAGGGAGCUUUCCUAGACUCGGGUAUAGUGUUGCCGGGAGUUGGUCGACGCCGUUCUGCGAGGUUCUCUCUCUCACCACACACAUGCCCCCGUUCUCCGCCGCCUUGCCGUCGCCUUGGGCUGGUGCCGCCGCGCCGCGUUGCAAGUGAGCGAUGAGCAGAGCGGUGCCUCAGGGCUGAGCCCAGUGUGCUACUCCCAGACCCAAAAGGGUCUCGCACGGAAAGGAUUUUGCCCAGACCAUGGCUGUCCGCGACAGCAUCCUCCCCAUCAGCGAGAUGCCGGGCACCUCGUUCCCCGAGGUGGUGGAGCUGAACGUGGGAGGACAGGUGUAUGUGACCAAGCACAACACCCUGGUCAGCGUGUCCGACUCCCUCCUGGCCAACCUCUUCUCCAGCAGCAACGUCAAGGUCCUUCCCAGGGACAACAGGGGCCGGUAUUUCCUGGACCGGGACGGUUUCCUCUUCAGGUACAUCCUGGAUUAUCUGAGGGAUAAACAGCUGGUGCUGCCCGAGCACUUCCCGGAGAAGGAGAGGUUGCUCAGGGAAGCUGAGCACUUUCAGCUGGGCGAGCUGAUCAGAGUCCUGGCCCCCAAGGUCACGGUCAAGCAGAGCUCGGUGGCAGACGAGGCAGUACACAGCGACGCCGAGGAGAACUCGCAGGGGAGCGAGCUGGUGGCCAAGGGUGUCCCGUACUCCGGCGGGGCGGAUAAGAAGGCUGGCUUCAUCACCCUCGGCUACCGCGGCUCCUACACCCUAGUCCGGGACAGUCAGGCGGACGCCAAGUUCCGCAGGGUGGCCAGGAUCAUGGUGUGUGGGCGCAUCGCCCUGGCCAAGGAGGUGUUCGGGGAUACCCUGAACGAGAGCCGGGACCCCGACCGUCCCCCUGAAAAGUAUACGUCCAGGUUUUACUUGAAGUUUACAUACCUGGAGCAAGCGUUCGACCGGCUGUCGGAAACGGGCUUCCACAUGGUGGCUUGUAACUCCACGGGCACGGCCACCUUCAUCAAUCAGUACAGGGACGACAAGAUGUGGAGCAGCUACACAGAGUACAUUUUCUACCGAGGAUUUCAAAGGCCAGCCUCGCCGAAGUCUGAGUGUGAGAGCAGAAAACCUGACAAGGCCGAGAAAGGAAUGGAAAGUGGGACUUCUUGCAACGAGCUCUCCACCUCCAGUUGUGAAAGCCAGUCAGAAGCCAGCACUCCACAGGAGAAUGGUGCUGCUGCAUCGCAGCCCACACCAUCUCAGCCUAAUACCUUGACGCUGGAUCGGCCUUCCAAGAAAACCCCCGUUCAGUGGUUACAACAGCCUGACAAACGCAGAAACAGUGAACUUUUUCAAACACUGAUGAACAAUUCCCGUGAAUCGAGCCUCUGCAAAAAGAAAAUUAAUGAGAAGUUGAGCGUUGAGGAUGAAAUGAAGAAAUGCAUCCAAGAUUUUAGGAAUAUCAAAAUUCCCGUGCAGUUUCCCGAGCGCAAGCGCCCAUGGCAGUCUGAACUUUUACAGAAGUAUGGACUUUAAAAUUUAGAAGAAGGACUUGCUGCAGCUUUGAGUUAUGUUUGAAAUUAAGGAUUUGUGAUUUUUAUUCAUCUGCUAUCUGUCUAAUAAUUUCUGUCUUACUGCGAUAAACUGCAAUAAGAUUGCAAAGAAAAUGUUGGGAAGAGCUUAUCGUAAGGAAUUACAGUUUAUAACACCUGGUUAUGCAUAAAAAUAAUACAUGGAUUAACUUAUAAAUUUUCUGCGGCACAAUAGUGUCUGAUAAAUAACAGUUGCAAAACUAAUGGAUUCUCCACUAGUGUAUUGAUGUGUCAGAAAUGGUUAUUCAUGGGCUUAAUGAUUGGAUGUGAUUCAUUUCUGGAGAAACUCAAAGGUUAUGUUCCGUGUCACCUCUAGGAUCAGAUGAGCCAGUGCCAGUCAACUACUUCCCAUAAAAAACAAGUAAUUAGAGCUGCCAAUCCUUUUUAAAGCUGAAAUCCGCAACUUGCUGCAUAAUUUUUUGAAUAAUAAUACUUUAGUAAUCGAUUGUGCAGUUUGAAGAACAAUAGACAAAAUGCCAACUUUUAGAUUUAAAAUACAUUUGAAGAAAUCACAAGAUUUAUUUUAAGUUUUAGCAGUAACAAGGUUAAAAUAAUUAAUAUUUGUGGUUCUUUUUAACUACACUUAAUUCCUUAGUUGUUCACGGUGAAAAGUAACACAUUUCAAAAAUUGCUUACUUUGGAAUUUGGGUGCCUUGGUUGUAAGCACCGAUAUGUUAGGGGAAAAAAAUUACCAAAUCUGAUUCCACAUGCAGUGGAUUCCCUUCAAAUAUAAAAAAAUUAUCGUCAUUUUCAAAAUCAUCUGCGACAAAGCCCAUGAGCCUUCCUGUGUAUUGCAGCCCAAUCCAGAAAGUUUGUUUACAAAUGCAUUCCAACCUGUGCAAGCCCUGGUUCCUUGUAUUCCUACAAAAGCAAAGUACUGCAGAUAAUGGAAACUCGUGUUUAAAGCAAGAAAAUUCUCCUAAUAUUCAGCAGGCUUGGAUGUGUAUGUGGAGAUAGAAACAGUUAAUGUUUAAUGUUGAUGUCUUUUAACCUUCCCUGCCUUCUAUUGUUACACAUCCCAUCCCUGUUGUUCAUUCCUGCCCUCUCCCUUAUCUCUGGAUUUUGAAACUUGUUUAUCUCAAACUUUUCCCAGUUCUGAUGGAGAUUCAUUGUACUGUGUAUGUGUAAGUAUGCCUUUGAGAACUGACUGUACCAUGUGGAAUGACCUUUUAAUACAUUGUCAUGCCAGAUGCUGCUGUUUAGUGCUGUCUUUAAUAAAGGAUGUUGUUUGUAACUCCACCACCGCUUAAUUACUAAUGUCUACAAAAAUAUCACAGUCCACAGACACUACCUCUGCACUUUGUGAUAUGUUUGAAUGAGAGUGCAACAGAACAGUGAUUGAGUGUGUGGAAAAUGGAGAGCAGUGUGGUUAAAAUAGAACAGUGUUAUUAGCAGCAUUUGGAUUGGUGGAUACAUCAGGGAACUCAAGU